AUGCCUGACCGCGUUGUUCGCGUGGCCGUUACCCAGGCUGAGCCUGUCUGGCUUAACCUCCAAGCGACUAUAGAAAAGACAUGCAGGCUUAUAGCAGAGGCAGCAUCAAACAAUGCUCAGCUUAUCGCCUUCCCCGAGACUUGGGUUCCAGGCUACCCUUGUUGGAUUUGGAGUCGGCCGGUUGACUUUGACCUCAACGUCGCUUACAUUAAAAAUUCUCUCCGCUUGGACUCGCCAGAAAUGGAAAUGGUCCAGGCGUGCGCUCGUGAACAUGGGAUUGCCGUCUCGCUGGGUUUCUCGGAGAAUAGCAACAACUCACUCUACAUUGCCAAUGUUCUCAUUGGACCUGACGGCGAGAUCAAAGUCCAUCGACGAAAGAUGAAGCCAACGCACAUGGAGCGCACCGUCUUUGGAGACGCCUCUGGCCAUUGCUUGCAAAGCGUGGCAGAGCUCCCGUUUGGUCGCGUUGGCUCACUAGCAUGCUGGGAACACAUUCAGCCACUACUGAAAUACAACACCAUUGCACAGAACGAGGAGAUUCACGUUGCUAUUUGGCCUCCGUUGAAUUCCGAAGUUGGAGACCCCAUCCCGUGGUCUAUGACCGCAGAAGGUUGUAAAACGCUCUCCCGCACCUAUGCUAUUGAGUCCGGAACAUUUGUGCUGCACUGCACCACAGUCAUUACAGAAGACGGAGUCAAGACCUUGGGAACAGCUGGAGGGGCACUCAUGUCGAGCCCAGGCGGAGGUCAUUCGACCGUCUUUGGUCCAGACGGUCGGCGCAUAACGGAUCUCAUCGAGGAGGAUACAGAGGGUAUCGUUUACGCAAAUUUGAACAUGGACGAAUUGCUAGUGAACAAGAUGUUUGCCGAUUGCACGGGACAUUACAGCCGCCCUGAUCUCCUCUGGUUGGGAGUGGCGCAGGAGAUUAAGCCAGUAGUUAGACCGCAGCGGGUGGAAACUGCUCAAGAAGCGAAUGAGCAAAUCGAGUAA